UGCCAUGAUCAUUGUGUUUGGGACAAUGACUGAUUCCUUCGUAGACGUGGGAAAGUACACAGCCAUCCUUGAGGUUAUCGCAGACUUCCUGACUAAUGUCGGGCUCACACAGGCAGCAUGUAUUGCCAACCCAAGUCUUCUUAGCCCAUACAUUACUGACAUUGGGACCAACUACAGCACUGUGGACACCAGUAUCAUCCAAAAACAGAUUGACACAGACUUCCUAGAACAAAUGAGGACAUUCUCUCUGUACUAUGUUGGUAUUGGCUGUGGAGUUAUCCUUCUUGGCUAUGCCCAGGUGACAUUCUGGUCUUUGGCUGCUGAGAGACAGAGCCACAGGAUCAGAAAGAGGUUUUUCCGCAAUGUGAUGAGACAGGAUAUGACCUGGUUUGAUACCCAUGAUUCCGGACAACUGAACACGAGACUGUCAGACGAUAUAAACAAGAUCCAUAGUGGUAUAGGGGACAAGUUGGGUACGUUCCUGCAGUUCUUCUCAAGCUUUCUGACUGGGAUCACCAUUGGUUUUGUGUGUGGAUGGAAACUGACCUUGGUCAUACUCUCUGUCUGUCCUAUCAUCAUGGGGGCAGCAUUUGUCUUCAAUAAGAUUCUGACAUCUGUGACAGGAAAUCAACUCCAGGCCUACGCUCAGGCUGGGUCUGUAGCAGAGGAAGUCCUUAGCUCCGUAAGAACUGUUGUGGCAUUUGGUGGCGAGAAAAAGGCGUUAUUGUCUGAAUUUUACAGAUAUAGUGAGAGGCUUUCUGAGGCACGGAACUUCGGUAUUAAAAAGGCUCUAGGCAAUGGUAUAUCCAUGGGUGUAGUGUACUUUGUUAUAUUUUGUACAUAUGCUCUGGCUUUCUGGUAUGGAGCCAAAGUCUCGCGAGAGGAACCAGACACCUACUCCAUUGGCAAAGUGCUGAUCGUGUUUUUCUCUGUGCUGAUUGGUGCCAUGUCCUUGGGGACUGGACUUCCUAGCCUACAGGACUUCACCGUGGCCAGAGCUGCUGCUUAUACCAUCUACCAGCUUAUUGAUCUGAAUCCAGACAUUGACAGCAGUUCAGAGCAGGGAAAGUCACCUGACCAUUUGGAGGGAAACAUAGAAUUUGAAGAUAUAGAAUUUCGCUACCCAGCCCGACCAGAGGUCAAAGUUCUUAACAAGGUUGACCUUGAGAUUAAGAGGGGACAAACAGUGGCCCUUGUUGGGUCCAGUGGGUGUGGUAAAAGUACAAUGGUACAGCUCAUACAACGGUUCUACGACCCGGAGGGUGGACAGGUAAUGAUUGAUGGUACAAACCUGAAGGAUUUGAACGUGAAAUGGUUAAGACAACACAUUGGGGUAGUCAGUCAGGAGCCUGUCCUCUUUGCGACUUCCAUUGAGGAAAAUAUCCGCUUUGGAUGGGAUGGAGCCACCCAGGACCAAAUUAUAGCGGCAGCAAAGAUGGCCAACGCACACGACUUCAUUAUGGAGCUUCCAGAGGUACACAUGGUUUUGUAUAAUUAUCAACUUCUGCAUCUAUCGACUAGACAGUCACAGAUAAUAGCCACCAGCAGACACUUAUUACAAUAACCUCAUAUCAUUGUCAUACACUGAAGUCAAAGGUAAGUCUUUGGUACUUAUAGCGAGACUAACUUACAGGAGACCCUUGAUAAGGCUAGAGCUGGCAGAACUACAGUAGUCGUGGCCCAUCGUUUAUCCACCAUCAAAACUGCCGACACUAUAGCUGGCUUUAAAGAAGGAGUAAUCGUGGAGCAGGGCACCCAUGAACAGCUGAUGCAGAAAGGGGGCGUGUACCAUCAACUUGUUACGUUACAGACAAAAAAACAUGAUGCUGAAGAGGAUGAAUUAAUUGAAGAGUAUACAACACCGGAAAAAAAACCUUCGAAGACAUUAAAGACCCAGAAGUCUGUAGUGGAUGCCAAGAAGUUAGAAGCCUUGAAUGUAAAGUCAGACACAGAUGUCGAUAAGAAAGACAAGGAUUUGCCUGAACCUUCAUUCAAAAGGAUCAUGAGACUGUGCGCCCCCGAGUGGUACCUCGUUGUGAUUGGCUGUUUGGCCAGUUUGAUGUUUGGAGGAGUCCAGCCCUGUUUUGCUAUAAUAUUUUCCAGUAUUAUUACUGUGUUUGGUAACACAGACUACAGUUACCAGGAGAGGGAGAUAAGAAUGUAUGUUCUCAUCCUCGUUAGCAUUGGAAUCGGUGCUCUCAUUGCUCUCUCUUUACAGAGCUACAUGUUUGGGAAAUCAGGAGAAAAUCUGACCAUGAGACUGAGAAAAAUGGCAUUCCAGGCCAUGCUACGACAGGACAUGUCCUAUUUUGACGACCAGAAGAACAGUACUGGAGCCUUGACUACCCGUUUGGCCACUGAAGCCUCAGAGGUUCAUGGGGCUGCUGGCAUCACCAUAGGGAAGGCUAUUGAGGCUUUGGCGAACAUCGGCACCGCAAUCAUCAUAGCCUUGAUAUAUGGCUGGAAACUGACACUAGUCAUUCUGGCUUUUAUUCCCCUGAUGGCUGUUUCAGCAGGAUUCCGUAUGAAGAUUUUAACUGGGGUUGCAGGAAAGAACAAAUUAGCACUAGAAGAAGCCGGAAAAAUUGCCACGGAGGCCAUAGAAAACAUGCGAACAGUGGCGGGACUUUCUAUGGAGGAGAAAGUGUUUGUUCUGUACAUUAACAGCUUGGAACAGCCGUACAGGGAGGCUAUUAGGAAAUGUCAUCUGACUGGAUUGGCCUUCUCUAUAUCACAGGCUAUGUUGUACUUUGCGUAUGCAGCUGCAUUUUACUUCGGAGCCUAUUUAAUUAGGGAGAAUGAGAUGGAGUUUGGUGAUGUCUUUAGAGUUUUCUCUGCGGUUGUAUUUGGAGGCAUGGCCCUAGGACAGGCAAGCUCGUUUGCUCCCGACGCUUCCAAAGCCAAGGUGGCGGCAGCUCACAUAUUCGCUCUGUUGGAUCGUGUGCCUAGCAUUGAUACUGAGUCGGACGCUGGUAGUAAACCUGUCAACUUCACUAGUAAAAUUUCCUUUGGGAAUACAAAGUUCUGUUAUCCCUCUCGGCCAAAUGUUCAGGUUUUACAAGGUCUUAACCUGGAAAUAUCCUCAGGAGAAACACUCGCUCUCGUGGGGGCCAGUGGGUGUGGCAAGAGUACUACAGUACAGCUCAUAGAGAGGUUCUACGAUCCUGAGGAUGGAGAGGUGAAGUUGGACUCGUAUAAUUUGAAGGAUCUCAAUGUACAGUGGCUAAGGUCACAGGUCGGCAUCGUAUCCCAGGAGCCCAUACUCUUUGACAGCAGUAUAGCAGAGAAUAUUGCUUAUGGUGACAACUCAAGAGUGGUUGGUAUGGAUGAGAUCAUUUCUGCAGCAAGAAGCGCCAACAUUCACCAGUUUAUAGACUCCCUACCCAAUGGUUAUGAGACUAAUGUUGGCAACAAAGGGACGCAACUCAGUGGUGGACAGAAACAACGAGUGGCCAUUGCUCGUGCCCUGGUCAGAAAUCCCAAGAUUCUCCUGUUGGAUGAGGCAACGUCAGCCCUCGACACGGAGAGUGAGAAGGUUGUACAGGAAGCCUUGGACAAGGCCAGAGAGGGAAGGACAUGUAUUGUAAUCGCACACCGCCUGUCCACCAUCCGUAAUGCCGACAAAAUCUGCGUCAUCAAGCAUGGUCAGGUCGCAGAACAGGGUCGUCAUGGUGACCUUAUGUCUAAACAAGGACUCUACUACAAACUCAAUACUGCUCAGAGUCGUCAGAAAUAAAUAAAAUGUGUGUGAAAGACUCAUACAAUGUUAUAUCAUCUGGCUGCAGAAUCUUUCUCAUUCAUUCUAUUUGCCUAAAUCACCUUUAAAGGGCAAAUAAUGAGAUGACUAUAUUUUUUCUGCGAUUUGUUCUCGAACCUUAAAAUCA